GUUAACUGUAUCUAUAACCUCAUAAAUGACAAUCAACGGUCACAGUACCGGUAAUUUUUUUGGUUGAUCGUUUAGAGGUGGCUUCUGUUUUAUCAGUGUCAUUGCUUUGACGUGUGGCAUUCCGAGCAAAGUAAUCAUGGCUGAGGGUAAUGAAGUAAAUGAUCAAGAGAUGGCAGAAGAAAAAAAUGGUGAACCGAUGGAAACAAAUUCAAAAUCCAAAGAGCUCUCGGAUUAUGGCUUAGCUGAAAAUGUUGUACUUAAAUUAGAAGAACUUUUUACUGCAGGCAAAUUAACAUUUUCUGAGUUGGACGAAAGAGCUCUGGAAGCUCUGAAAGAAUUUCCUGUUGAUGGUGCUUUAACUGUGUUAAAAGAAUUCAUGGACAGUAGCCUUGAACAUGUAUCUAACAAAAGUGCUUAUUUAUGUGGAAUAAUGAAAACAUAUCGCCAAAAGACAAAGAUGGGAACACCAGCAGUAACAACAAAAGGUCCAGAUGAAGAAAAAAUAAAGGCCAUAUUAGAUCGAACUGGUUACACAUUAGAUGUUACAACAGGUCAACGGAAAUAUGGAGGACCUCCACCUAACUGGGAUAAGGCUCCACCUGGCAGUGGUUGUGAGGUUUUUGUUGGAAAAAUACCUAAAAAUAUCUUUGAAGAUGAAUUAAUACCUGUAUUUGAAAAAUGUGGCCAGAUUUGGGAUUUGCGGCUUAUGAUGGAUCCACUGACUGGACAGAAUCGGGGUUAUGCUUUUAUUACUUAUUGUUCUCGUGAAUCUGCUCAACAAGCUGUUAAACAG